AUGGGGAUCCGCAAUGUUUGGAAGAAAUUGGACUCUGUGCGACGCUUGGUGUCGCUACUUGAAUUGGCUGUUCGAGAGGGCUUUCUGAGGAAUGCACGAAAUACUCAAUCCUUGGUUGUAGGAAUUGAUGCAAGUGUAUGGAUUGUAGAAUGCCAGGCCGUCUUUUAUGUGCCGGGCCUCCACACUCAAGCGGGUGAAAAUCCAGAACUUCGCACACUCUUCUUCCGCUUGGCCCAUCUUCUUCGUUAUCCAAUCACAGUCAUAUUUGUUUUUGAUGGUCCUGAGAGGCCUGAUUACAAGCGCAGUACGGUUGUCAAGAAAAAGGAGCAUUGGGUUGUCAAACACUUCUCCGAGAUAAUUCAAGACUUUCACUACAAAUUUCACCAAGCUCCGGGUGAGGCAGAAGCGGAAUUAGCCGCAUUCGAAAAACAUGGCAUUAUCGACUUCGCAAUCACAUCGGACAGUGAUUACUUCCUUUUUGGCGGAACGAGGCUUAUUCGAAGUCUCCACAUGAAGAAGCAAGGCGAUGAUGACGUUGAAAUAUACGCGACGAAGGAUUUCGCUGAAUCGGAGGGUCAGAAGCAUCUAAGCCGGGCUGGUCUUUUGUUGAUUGCUGUAUUACAUGGUGCGGAUUAUGAUACUGUUGGCCUGCCAGGAUGUGGCAUCGUCACUGCAACCAAGCUAGCGUCCACGGCUUUGGCCACAGAUUUGCUUGCGGCUGCGGAAGCCAUGACUGAAACACAGCUCGACGUAUACCUUGCAAAAUGGCGACAUCAGCUACGGAAGGUCUUGGCCACCAAUCCCCGCCAUAACCUUCCACGUCACUGCACCACAUUGGCGACAAAGGUCCCUGAGAACUUCCCUAAUCCCCACGUUGUUCACCUUUAUGCUAAUCCUGUCACGUCGUGGUCUCACGGAGGGAUCGGCCCUAAUCUUGGGGAUCUUUCGCCUCAGUUCCCUGAUACGGAAAAACUCGCCUUUCAUUGCGAGCGUCUAUUUGGAUGGGGAAGAACCAUCAUUGACAAGUUUUACAGCAAUAUCUGGCCCGGCUACUGCAUCCGGACCUUUUCGCAGCUUUACAACUUUUCGGGCACAAAGUCGCUGCUGUCACCAUCGUCCAUUCACCACAUUUGUAGACAGGACACAAAGUUUAAGUCGGAAUCAGCCUUUGAGUCAUACCUCGUUGAAGUAUGGUUGCCGCCACUACCCAUCACGGCCCUGAGUGGUGCCAGGCAAGCACUCGAAGACGAAAAUGCCUUGGUCAAAGGAGGCUCAAUCACAAGCAUCAAUGUCUGGGUGCCGGGGCCGAUCCUUCAGAGCGCAGUUCCCGUCCUCGUUGAUGAAUUCCUUCAUGAGGCACCCCCAAGACACAAGAAAGCCAAGAUUCACGCUGCCCCAUACAAACCGAUAUUGCCGAGUAGUAUUAGCGGACAGCCGGAUAGGGCAGUCGGGAGUAUUUUUAGCAGCGCGGUGCCGAUUAACAACCAAGCACAAGCUUCAAGCAGCCACUCAACUGCAAGGCGACCACACAAUAUCAUCGAGAUCGACUCUUCUGAUGAAGACAAUGAAGAUUACAGCAAUUAUCGCCACUCAAUCAAAACACCGACGUCAGUGAUGAUGGUCGACACCUCCAGCACUGCACAACAAACCACAGGAGCACCAACUAGCCCCCCUGCUGGACUGCCACAUGAGAUCGUCGAGCUUCAUUCCGAGGAUGACGAAUACGGCCGCUCAACCAGAAGAGCUUCAACAACUUUCCCUCUGGUCUUACCCACCUCGCCCAUAGAACUCACUGAUGUUGACGAGAGUGAUUCUGAGGCUGCAAAUUUGUCAAAUAGGUUGUUCGACGAUGCUAUGAGUAUCAGUUGCUCUGAUGAAGAGCUGGUUCUUCCCCCCGGUGUUGCGGGGACCCAUAUUGACCUUACUCUUUCAAGCGGGGAGGAGGAAAACAGUGUUAGAUGA